UUUUUUUAGUCUUCUGCUGGCAUCCCACCAAUUGCAAUAGGCAUCCUUCGAGAGAAUUGUAUGGUAUCGACUUUGUAGCUCCUAUGUCAACUGCUGAGAUUUCCACCAACAGUGUCAAUCGCUAUCUAGCUAGACAAACUGAUGGGAAACCUUGCAGUCUCGUCGAAUGUGCUAUUGGUUGUCUUAUUGAAUCAAAAGCAGAUGACAAUCUUCUAGAGGAUGGUCUAGAUGGGCUGGACAUGGCCUCCGCUUAUGGAGAGAUGACAAGGAAGCGAAAGGCAUUAGCCGGUAUGGAAGAAGACAUUGUAUCCGCUGCUUCUGCUGGCAUAGAUGACCAAAGCACAUCAUCAAAUACAACGUCGUCCAAACGUCCUAGAAAAAGAGGGAAAACAUUGCGGCCAUACCGGCUGGACUCUGAAGGGAGAAUUGUGUUCCUAACUCCACAACAAACAGCAUGGUUUAUCUUCUACAUCGACAAGCCUGACUGUGUUCUCCAAACUAAGAAAUUCAGUAAGAAAUUCAGGCGUCGCUUCAGAAUGCCAUACCCCUGCUUUGUCGACUUUCUUAAAAAGGUCAAGGAGAGUGGCUUCUUUAGCCAGUACCAAAGAAGGAACAGUGCCAAAACACCUCCAUCCCCCAUCGGACUACUCCUACUUGGGUCACUACGAUAUCUUGGACGGGGCCAUACUUUCGAUGACCUGGAAGAAGCAACCGCGAUAAGUGAAGAGACCCACAGAAGGUUUUUCCAUCGCUUCAUACAAUACGGAGAAGAUACCCUUUAUCCAGAAUACGCUAUCGCUCCCCAAACAGCAGAAGAAUUCCAAACACAUCAGCAUGAAUUUGCUAUGGCAGGUUUGCCUGGUUGCGGCUUCUCUACAGAUGCAACGAACGUAAUUUUGUGGAACUGCACCCACAACCUGAAGCAAUCGCACAUUGGAUUUAAGCAAAACCACCCUGCAAGAACGUACAAUCUAUCCACCAACCAUCGAAAGCAGAUCCUUCACACCACCAAAGGCCACCGUUCUAGAUGGAAUGAUAAGACGCUUGCGUAUUAUGACAGUUUCUUGAACAGAAUCCACGAAGGAUCCAUUUUACAGGAUGUUACAUUCUUUCUACUGGAACGUUCAACAGAAAACAACAAUGAGUCGGUGAUCAAACGCACUAAGUACAAGGGUGCAUGGUGGAUUGUUGACAAUGGGUACCAUCGCUGGUCCUGUACACAAGCCCCUGGCAAAUCUGAUAUGUACCGACCACAACAGAGACUCUCAGAAUUCAUCGAGUCUAUGAGGAAGGAUGUAGAAUGCGUCUUUGGAAUUCUCAAAGGUCGCUGGAGAGUACUCAAGACUGGCAUCCGCCUUCAUGGCGAAACAGCUGCUGACAGAAUCUGGUUGACCUGCUGUGCCUUGCACAAUAUGCUUCUGCAAGUUGAUGGUUUGUCCGAACAAUGGAAUGGGGAGAUUGGAUUAAAUGAGACAGAUGAUCUCAGAUUCACCCCCUUCGCGCUGCAGCGGUUGGGUGAAGAACAAAUGCAACAAUUUGGAUCGCGACAACAUGAGCUGGAAUCAGAUGAAACAGUGCGGGCUUUGGUUGAUGGCAAUGUGGAAGAAGGUGUCGAUGAUGGCGCUGGUGGCACGGAAGUUGAUGAUGAUGGAGCAAAUCUACAUUAAUUCAUUGUCUUACCAGGAAUUCAGAAGUCGCCUUGUGGAAUUCGACAAACCUUCAUUCUGACUCUGCGAAUCUUCCAGAUUGAUCACAUCUCCUUUGGCUUGCUGGGAAGUGGGGGUUUCAUUGUAGGAAAGACGUUCGGGUUCAGGCAAUUUCCCAUUAUCUCUAGCAUUGGCAACUUCUUUUCUUGGUGCGCUGUUCUGGCCCAGACUGCUUGCAUCAUCUUUAUUGUGACGGCAUUCUUCUUUGGGCGUUUGUCAUCCAAAAGGAACUCACUAUUGCGCUUCUGCAGAACUUUCUUGUGUUGGCGAAGA